UUAAAUAUGCUUCAAAAAGCCCCGGUUCGCCUCGUAUCUCUCCGCUAGGGCCGCUCAGCUCUUUUGUUGUCUGAGGACUGCUGCUGUGUGAAAGUGCGUGAAGAAGGCAGAGUACGUAGGCAGACUCCGCUAACUAUGGUGUUGCCGUAAAGCUAAUUUUUGUCGAAGAAGAUAGCUUGCUAACGUUAAUGUUAGCAAGUAGCCUGUUCGUGUAAAUGCUAGAAUGGACAUGAUAAACUCUCAGUUCCUGGACAAGAUGAACAAUAACAUUGGGAGACUGCACUACGAAGAUGAGUCCAAGAUGCCCUCCCUUUCUGCCACUAUGUCCAAUAUAAGUGGGCCUCCUCCUCACUGCCCAAGCAAACGAAAAUAUGGCGAAGAACAAAUGGAAGACCGAUUCCACUGUGAUGAAGACCACAUGACCAAAAUGAGCAGAUUGUUUGCCACCCAGCUGGGGCGUCCCUCUGCUGGAGACAACCGUAGUGAGCACUGGAGCCUCAGCCACAGUCCUGUGGAGCACGUUAUUUCCUCCUCUAAUGGUCUCCAUGGGAACCAUCUGUAUGCCUCCAUUGCUGGCUAUGCUGUAGACCAGCCGAUACCUCUGACCAAAAGCAGCCAUGACAUUGGAGUUAGGGGAACAGAGAGGUCUGUCAUAAGUGGAACUGUAGAGCGACAGCAGAAUCGUCCCUCGGUUAUUACCUGUGCCCCUGCGAGCAACCGCAACUGCAACCUCUCUCACUGCCACAUGAAUGGUUGCACUACUAGCCCACCUACUGAUCCGAGAAUGGCUAAUGUAUGCGAUCCUGUGAUUGAGGAGCACUUUCGUCGAAGUCUUGGAGAGAACUACAAAGAAGCAGAGUCUGUGUCUAACUCAGUGUCCAUAACGGGUUCAGUGGAUGACCAUUUUGCCAAGGCACUGGGAGAUGCCUGGCUCCAAAUCAAGGCCAGGGGUGGGGGCCAUCAAACUCCAGACGCUGAUCCGUGAAUCAGAGGGGAGUAAACAUUAUAAUCACUUAAGUAUGUGCAAAUGAGAGUAGAGAUCGCUCGCUCUCAUUUCUUGCCAAGAAUCAACUUCCCUUAACCAAGAACAGAGUAAGACAUAUGGUGCUCACACCGGCUGUUCGCUUGUGGACCUCAAGGGUCAACCUUCUGUUAGCUCAGAUUUGUAAUCUGAAAUCAUUAAAUCUCUCUUAUAAUAGAAGAGAAUCUUAAUAUUGAAUAGUUGGGUUGACAGUGUUAGUUGUGGAAACAAUCACAGAUUUUAUUUUGAAAUGAAAAUGAGAUUCACAGUGGUCAGUUGUUCAGAGUUCAUGCUCUGUUUUACCUGCCUUUCACCUGCCUUGAUAGCCAAAGAGUUUCCUGCCUUUCCAAUCAACAUAUAAGCCAUGGAUUUACUCUUUAUUUUCAUCUAAAUCACACUGCUUUUGAAUUUAUAUUACUUGAAAAGGACAACCAGGUCUCAUUUGCACUAUUACAUUUCUGACCGUUUAAGGUAGCAGGUUACCUGUUUCAGUUGGAACUGAUGUGUUCACGAAUACAUUUGUGAUUGUGAUAAUGCAAUUAAGGCUCUGGUCCCCCGCUUUGUGAAGACACUAGCCUAAUCAGUCUUCUUUAUGAUGGUGAACUGGACGUAUCCACUGUUGAAUAAUUAUAGUUUCCUGUCUAUACACUCACUGUGGGCGAUUACUUAAUAAACUAAUAUCACAGUAGAUAUCUAACUAGACAGCAUGUUUUAAAUAGCUGGGUUCUAUUACAAUCCUUAUUCUAUACUAUAUAUUUACUCAGAAUUUAUUUUUUAUCUGUAACAUUUUAGAAAUACUCACUGCUGGUACAGUUGUACUCAAUAUAUUUUUUUGUAUCCGGUUUUCAUUAGUAUAUGUAGAUGUAUAUCCUAGCAUCCAUCUACAAGUCACAGCCUCUGGCAAGGUUGUAUGAAUACAGUUAAAUAGGCUGCAUUGCUUUUUUUUUUUUAUAUUUUAUUUUUUUUGUUUGUUAAUUCUGUGGAGCUGAACACUGCGGCUUUACACAAGACUGAAUACAGCUAAAUCUGACUUUCUGUAGCUUUUUAUUAGCAGUGACUUUAUUUAUUCUUCACAUGUUGAUAGUUUCAUGUUGACUUUUGGCAAAAUGCAGUGACAACAGAUCUUUGACUUUAAUGUGUUUCUUUUUGUUGUUCCCUUUUUUUUUUUUUUUUUUUUUUUUUUAAAUGGUUCAUUCCAUGUAAAGUUCAUUAGUGCCUCCCACCCCUCACCUCCUCACAGUAAGCACAUUUAUUUUUUUCUACAGUAACUACAGUAUGCUUAAUAAAGCCAUAGAAAGUUACAGGAAACUAAAUGGUGCAUUCAAAUUUUUUGCACUUUUUAAUUUGUGAUAUAGAGUAACUGAAACAAGCUUUAAAAAAAUCUAGAGUAAUUGGUUAUUUCGUACAUUUGAUACUAGGCUGAUCUUCUAGCUGUGAUAUUUUUUUCCCUUAAUUUUGUAGUCGUCAUUGUUUGGGUCACCUUAAAAUGUAACUUAUGGUUGAACCGUUCGAUACAGUGCUUUCGGUUCGGUAUGCAUAUGUAUCAAACAAUACAAAAUUUUUAAUUUAUUUUAUC